AUGAAAGGCGCCCAAACGGUGCUCACCGCACCGGGGGGUGCGGAUGAUAAAUCGCGAAAAGGUGCUGGCAAGGGCGGCGGCGAUGGGCCCAAGGUGUUUGCUUUCGAUCGAUCAUACUGGUCAUUCGACAAGAAAGACGCGAACUAUGCCGGCCAGGACAACCUGUUCGAUGACCUGGGUACGCCGCUUCUCGACAAUGCCUUUGGCGGAUAUAACAACUGUAUUUUCGCUUACGGUCAGACCGGCUCCGGAAAGUCGUACUCGAUGAUGGGUUACGGCCAGGAGUAUGGUGUGAUCCCGCGGAUUUGCCAGUCCAUGUUCACCCGGAUCACCGAUAUCCAACAAGAUAAGAACCUGAAAUGUACGGUUGAGGUGUCAUACCUGGAAAUUUACAACGAACGCGUUCGCGACUUGCUUAACCCAUCGAAUAAGGGCAACUUGAAAGUCCGUGAGCACCCCUCGACUGGUCCGUACGUUGAGGAUUUGUCGAAGUUGGUGGUUCGCUCGUUUGACGAGAUUGAUCACUUAAUGGACGAGGGUAACAAGGCUCGAACGGUUGCGGCGACGAACAUGAACGAAACAUCCAGUCGAUCGCAUGCAGUGUUCACCUUGACUCUCACGCAAAAACGCCAUGAUGCUGAGACCUCCAUGGACACGGAGAAGGUGUCGAAGAUCAGUUUGGUCGAUCUGGCUGGCUCUGAGAGAGCAAACUCGACCGGCGCGACUGGUGCUCGCUUGAAGGAGGGUGCUGAGAUUAACAGAUCCCUAUCCACACUUGGUCGUGUGAUUGCUGCGUUGGCCGAUGUCUCUUCUGGAAAACUCAAGAAGGCAUCCAUGGUCCCAUAUCGUGAUUCAGUACUCACAUGGCUCCUGAAAGACUCCCUGGGAGGCAACUCAAUGACUUCCAUGAUUGCAGCUAUCUCGCCUGCAGACAUUAACUUCGACGAAACACUGAGUACUUUGCGUUAUGCAGAUUCCGCCAAGCGAAUCAAGAACCACGCCGUGGUCAACGAGGAUCCGAACGCCCGCAUGAUUCGCGAGUUGAAGGAGGAAUUGGCACAACUGCGGUCUAAGCUCGGAGGAGGAGUUCCUGGAGGAGUGGCUGGAGCUCCUGGCUCAAUGCCGCAAGAAGAAUACUAUCCUCCCGAUACACCGUUGGAGAAGCAGAUGGUCUCUAUCCAGCAAUCUGACGGUUCAGUCACAAAAGUCAGCAAGGCUGAGAUUGUGGAACAGCUCAAUCAGAGUGAGAAGCUGUACAAAGAUCUGAAUCAGACUUGGGAGGAGAAACUGCAAAAGACAGAGCUCAUUCACAAAGAGCGCGAGGCAGCUCUGGAGGAGCUGGGUAUCAAUAUCGAGAAGGGUUUCAUUGGACUGAGCACGCCGAAGAAAAUGCCCCAUUUGGUCAAUCUUAGCGAUGAUCCAUUGCUCGCAGAGUGUCUGGUCUACAAUAUCAAGCCGGGCACCACGACGGUGGGGCAUAUGGACCAAGGAAACAGCGUUGAGAUCCGAUUGAACGGCUCGAAGAUUCUCACUAAGCACUGUACCUUUGAGAAUGUCGACAAUGUCGUGACCAUUGUUCCGACUGAAGGAGCUGCAGUGAUGGUCAACGGCCUACGCAUUGAUAAACCUACACGACUGAAGAGCGGAUUCCGCAUUAUCCUGGGUGAUUUCCACAUCUUCCGCUUUAACCACCCCCAGGAGGCCCGCGCCGAACGGGUGGAACAAAGCCUGCUGCGGCACUCUGUGACAACAAGCCAACUUGGCUCACCAGCACCAAAUAAGACCCAUGACCGCACACCCAGCAAGGUCGAUUCCGAGGUCGAUGGCGACUCUAGCAGAGCAGAUUCCCCCAUGCCUUCACAGCGUGGACGAGAAUCGGAUUGGUUCCUUGCUCGACGAGAAGCUGUCAGCGCUAUGCUGGGACCGGACCAUAUUUCUCAUUUGCCCGACGACGAGUUAGAUGCCCUAUUUGAGGACGUACAGAAAGCACGAGCAGUGCGCCGCGGACUUCCAGAAAACGAAGAAGACUCCGACUCACUAAGUUCUUUCCCCGUGCGCGAAAAGUACAUGUCGAAUGGAACUAUCGACAAUUUCUCUCUCGACACGGCCAUCACUAUGCCUGGCACACCACGACAGUCUGAUGAUGAUGGGACGAACGGCUUUUCUCUCAAAUCAGUUCAAAAGGACAUGCAGCGCCAGCUUGAUCGUCAACGGGAUCAAUUUCAGGACAAACUGAAGCUUGCAGAAGCAUCUUCCAACCAGGACACAGGAGAAAUCCAAAUCGAGAAGCAACGCAUGGAAGAUGCGCUUCGGUCUGCGAAGGAGGUGUUUGAAGAGCAAUUGAGGGUGCAAAAGGAAAGUUUUGAAACGCAGAUGCGGGAUAUGGGUACGCCGAUCCCGCAAAUCUACGAGAACGGCUUUGCCAAGCUGGACGAGCGCGAGCUUGAGAUUGCACGGACUGUCUACGAUCACUGGUCACAGCGCAACUAUGUUCGUAUGGCUGAAAAGAUUCUACAACAUGCUUCCCUCCUGAAGGAAGCACAGGUCAUGAGCCAGAUCAUGGACAAAAAUGUAGUUUUCCAAUUUGCUGUUGUUGAUCAUGGCCAUAACAUGGCUUCCUCAUAUGAUCUGGUAUUGAACGGGAUCUCCGGCGACGAGGACAUUGUGCUGGAGGAAACUAAGAAGCCAUGCGUUGGCAUUCGGGUCAUCGACUACAAGCAAUGUGUGAUUCACUUGUGGUCGAUCGAGAAGCUCCAGCGCCGCGUACAGUCCAUGCGACAGCUGCACCAGUAUAUUGACCGUCCGGACUAUAUUCAGCAUUUCAAACUUGAAAAUCCGUUUUCGGAGCCUUGCUCGCCGCAGUAUUCCCUCAUUGGUGAUGCCGACAUCCCCCUGACUGCUGUGUUCGAGACUCGCGUGCAAGACUUCUCGAUCGAGAUCACAUCGCCUUAUACCCAGAGUGUCAUUGGCAUUGUUCGCUUGUCACUCGAGCCAUCCUCUGCACAGGCCCCUUCGUCGACCUUGAAAUUCAACGUCGUCAUGCGGGACAUGGUCGGAUUUGCUGAGUGGGAAGGGUCUGAUGUUCAUGCGCAGCUCUUCGUUCCAGGAAUCUCUGAAGAAGGUGGUGCGACCACGACCCAGAUGAUUAAUGGGUUCGAGGAGAGCCCUGUCCGGUUUGAGAGUGUGCAUAGCAUGAGCUUGCCGCUGUCAAGUCCUCGAUCAGCUGCGCUCAAGGUUUGCGUCUACGCUCGUGUGACAUCAGUUCAUCUUGACAAACUCCUCAGCUGGGAUGAUAUGCGUGAUUCAUCGGAACUUACACCUAAGAAGCGCAUGGCGCCUCGAAUUGCCGAGUCGGAAUUCUAUUCAGAGGAGCGACAUGACGUUUUUGCACGAGUUCAAAUCCUGGAACUUGCCGAGUCCGGCGAGUACCUCCCCGUAGAGGUCGUUCAGAAUAGCCCCCUUGACGCGGGCACGUACCAACUCCACCAGGGCUUGCAGCGUCGUGUUUCCAUCAACCUGACCUACAGCUCCACUGAAAGUUUGCCGUGGGAUGAUAUCGCCAAUGCUCGUGUCGGCUCUGUGCGCCUUCUCGACCCCUGGGGCAAGAUCCCUGAUCAAGACCUUCAGACCCCGGAUGUCCCCCUGAAGUUCCUCCAGGAGCCAAUGGUCAAAGACAAUGCCGAUGGCACAUCCAAUGUCACGAUCGUGGGCCAAUGGGACUCAAGUCUGCACGGCUCCCUGCUUCUUGACCGGGUGACUGCAGACAAGUAUCGGGUCCAAGUGACUGUUCGAUGGGACCUUGUCUCUUCUCGUCUCCAGGCCCCGGUUAUAUUCGAGGUCGACCAGACUCUCCAAAUCCUGGGGCGUACCUAUGUUCGUCAGCAGUCGAUGUUCAAGCAGCUAUGGAGCUCUACGCGCGUUGUGCACUCAACAACAAAAAUGUACUCGUUGGUCAUCCGCCCGAUCUCUGCCAAGCGUGCUGCCGACCUUUGGCGGAUGAAUACUCAAAACGACUAUGUCAAGGGCGAGGAGCUCUUGACGACUUGGGCACCUCGCAAAGUGUCGCUGGUUCGGGAUUACAUUGCUGCUCGCAAACGCCGAUACCGUCUAGCUGAGCUGCAAGCUGCCCGCGGCGCUCUCAGUGCCGGCAGCCUGAUGGCUUCUCCUGCCCGCAGUGGACGAUCGACGCCUAUGCGUAACCAGGAUCUCAACGAGCGGAAAUCCAAGCUUCUUCGCAAGUACCUCGAGCUCUGGUCAACCAAAAAAGACCCAACUGAGGCGAUUCUCGUCCGAAGCAACACCGAACCCCCAUCCGACGGUGCAGCGAUUGCAGCACAACACAGAGCGGAUGGCGCUGAUCCUGUCUCUGACAAAAUGUCGCUCAAGCCCCGCUUCGUAGCCACCAUCCAAGCCCUCCCGAAGAACCCCUCUUCCUUGAAGUCGGGCUACGUGCUUACCCCGGACGAUACCAACAGUAUCUGGGUCCGCCGAUUUGUGGAGCUCCGCCGGCCGUAUCUCCACAUCUACUCCGCCGAAGGAGACGAAAUCAACGCCAUCAACCUGCGCAACUCCCGCGUCGACCACGCGCCCGACUUCGCCCGCCUUCUUGAUGGGUCCGGCGCCGGCGCCGACCGCUCACUCUCCGCUAAGGGCCGGCCCAACAUCUUCGCCGUCUACGGGACCCAGAACACCUUCCUGUUCGCGACGCGGACCGAGGCGCAGAAAGUCGAAUGGAUCCUCAAGAUCGACGAGAGCUACUUCAGCAGCAACGGCGGCAGUGCUGCAGCCAGCAGCGACGAGCGGUAA